AUGCACUGCUCACCCGCCGGCAUCAAGCACCCAUCGACCUCAGCAGGAGGCGAUCGUGGGCUGACUAGCGCAUUAUGUCAGUACAAGAAGGACUCGUCCUUUCGCAACCGCCAAUCUACGACUGUUUCAAUGACAGACCCGAGAUCGAACCCAACAGUGAUAUUGCUGGCCUUGGUAUCCUUGUCGGAUUUCUGGCACCAGCAUACUUGGCACUCAUCAUCAUCACUGUACACUAUCUCGUGGCCUUUGAUCCGAACAAAAAUCCCGAUCACGGAAUGGUUGGUUCUGACCAAGACUUGCGAGAUGCAACGACUACGACCAAGCAGAGUGCAGAGUUCAAAUCAGCCGGUGACUUCACCGACGAAUGCCGUCGCCGAAUUGAACUCCGAAGAAUCAAUACAGCGCCGCAACGAAGUCGACUGUUCCUCUUCUAGCCAACCCACAAGUCUGGGGCUUCGAGAGGAGAUAACAAUACCACAGAGCGACCGAGACCUACCUGACCACCAGACAGUGUGCAAUUACGAGGCCGAAAGCGAUGAAGAGUGGUCUCCCAAUCCCAUUGAUCAGUUCAUUCUCGGAAGCCGUUUGAGUCGGUGGCUCUUUCCGAAGCGAUCGUCGCUGAAGAAUCCUGAUCCAUUCGCACGAGACAUGCAUAAAGCCUUUGACAAUUACAUCCUAGCCUUUUGCGACGGUCAAUCAAUUACCGGCCUUGCGGUUCUGUCCAGCGCCUUCGCGACGCUGGGUGGACCUUCUGGCAUAUCUGCUUAUCACUGGCAGAUCGCUGCCCACUUGGCAUGGCUUGCCAACAUCACGCACCUCGUUGGUCUUACGUUCUUGCGGGACUACCUGCGUCAACGGCCUUUGCAUCGAAACGUCCGUCUGGUUCCUACAACAAUAUCGCUACUGCUUCUUCUUGUUGCGCUCUUCCCUACGGGAUGGUUCAACUGGUUGUAUUCGGAUAGACAUGAGGGUGCCAAUCCGGCAAGCCCUUCCUCCUACGCUCGUUGUUUUUUCAAUGUCCAGACUGCUACGCAGAGAGCACUGGGCUCAAGCGAUAUGCGUGUCGGCUUUCCGAAAGGCUCCGGCUCUUCAAUGGUCUUCAGCAUACUUUUUCUGAGCAUGAGCUUUGGGAUCCGCCUCAUCAAGCUAUCUCGUCGCGGUUCCGAUUUCUUUCGAGAUGUGAUUCGACGUAACGCUCGUCGAAAGCUGCUUCAGCUCGCCGUGGAUACCACGGCUCGUUUUAAGCCAACAUCUCCCAGACUGAAUUUUGUCCGUCAAUACUUCUUCAUCAAUCCAAUCAUCGCCAUACUCAUGACGGCACGCAUACAUACGGAUGUGGUAACGUCAACCUUCUCCGAGGUUAUGCUUGCCUGGGUAGCGGUUCUUUGGGUGACAAUUCGCAUUGUUGCGACUCGAGCCUCGGUGCAACUCGACGAAAAUGGCUUUACAUUCGGUCAAAUCAUUGCCGUCUUGCUACUCACUGGACCUACCAUUGCUGCCGCUACAGCCGUCUGGCCGCUGUUGACGCGACGUCGUAUGCCUCAGGACCGCUGCCAAACCCAGCCAGUCCCUUCUUCAUGGCUGGGAGAAGGGUUUGUUAUUUGCGGAAUGUCUUUCAUCCCUCUCCAAUACCUUUUUGACGCACACGAUCAAAUCAACUUCACCAUGUAUUAUCACAAAAAAACGCUGGAGUUGGCUAACAAGUCUAUGAGCUACCAAGCUCCCUGGACCUACCUGAUCGUGAUGACCGUACUGUGGACCACUAUUUGGUGCUUAGUUGCUAUCGUGCUGGCUGCUACUUUCUUCCUGAAUCUGCGCUAUCUACAAGGUUGGGAGAAGACGUCGCUAGCAGUGAUCCAAAUGGAGAGCGGAAUUCCAUGCCAAGUGUCUGGAAGGUACUGGUCUCCAAGGAAUGAAGCAGCCGCUGAAUUCUGGCCCGAAACACGGACAUAG